AUGCUGAAUUCACAGCAGCAAGUAUCACUUCAGAUUCAAGGAUCUCGACAACGGUCAGCGAUAAACGCGACGCCGGAGAACGUUAGCUUUCUACGAAGAACUGGUAGUACUAAGACAGAAGAGGCUAAAACAUUGAGGCCAUUUUACAAGUCCUAUUCAUACGAUCUAUUCAGCCAAGCAUUGAAGGAUCGACUCAAUUCUCAACUUUGCAAUCCGAUUGAGGUUAGUGAUAAUUUUCCUUUUCGUUCUUUUCAGAUUGCUGAGAGCAUUGAAAGCUUCAUCAACAUUACAUCAUGUCCUGCAACAUUUAUCCAGGGAGCCCUCCCUUAUAUUCUCGAGAAUACAAAGGAUGAUUUCUUCAACAAGAUUAUUGAUAUACUGAGGCAAGCAUCCGACAUGUGUUAUCAAAAGUUGGAGGAAAUUGAUUGCAUUACAUGUCCCCAUAAGCCAGAGGGUUCCAUGUUUGUAAUGGUGAAGUUGAAUUUUUCUUGUUUGGACGGCAUUGCAGAUUGUGUAGACUUCUCCUAUAAGUUGGCCAAAGAGGAGUCCGUAAUAGUUUUGCCUGGAAUCACUGUGGGUUUAAGAAAUUGGCUUCGCAUCACUUUUGCCGUUGAUCUGUCCUCUCUUAGUGUCGGACUAGACCGAUUGAAAUCCUUCUGCCUCAGACAUGCGAGACUGAAACAGUAAAGUAGAAGCAGCAGCACAGGUGGAUGUAAUUGGGUCCCUCUUUUUGGUUCACUUGUCUCAGUAUGUGCAGUAUGCACUUCAUGCUAAAAAUAAAGUUGUAGAUUUAUGAAGAAGGCAUGUAAACAUGCAUCACGUAAAUUCAAAUU